CAGAGACACAACAUCGUUGGCGUCGCGCUGAAACUUUCUACCGACACAUUGACUCCAACAUGUUCUCGAUCAAGGCUCCGAUGAGCCGCGGCGUCCAGCGGCCGAAGAGACGGAUCCGUGUCUGCGACUGUCGCCUCCAAACCUCCGGGGGCUCCUCCGGCCAGGAGCUGGAAACCUCCGGGAUGAACUUCCAUGACUUCAUGCGACUCCUGUUCAAAAAAUUUCCAGGCCAUUCCGAUGAAAUGUUUGUGGUGGCCACUACAGAUAGAAAGGCUCUGGAUUCGAACACAUUUGAGGAGCUUGAGGAUGGCUGUACCCUCUACUUGCUUCAUAAGCUGGACCAAGAUCUCCCCGCGGCGAUGGAGGAGCACAUCACGUUUACACCACAUUAUGACACCUUGAUCCAGAGCGGCCAGUAUGAGUACUACGAUAGUGAGGGCCAGACAUCCUUAUCGUUCACGCUUGCUGAGCUGAUCGACAACUCUCUGUGGGCCACAUCUAAAAACACAGAAAGGAGGACAAUAGAGAUACGAAUGCUUUUUGAUGAAAGUGUGGGGAAAGCCGCCAUCAUUGCCUUAGAUAACGGAUGCGGGAUGACCUCACAGAAGCUCAGAGAUUGGGCUGUAUAUAGAUGCUCUAAAUUCAACAGGCCGAGUGAAAUGUAUGUUCGGCCUGAUCCCGCCCCCCGGAGUCUCAACAGUGAUAUAUCCUACUUUGGAGUUGGAGGAAAACAGGCUAUUUUCUACAUCGGAGAUUCGGUCAGGAUGAUCACCAAAUCAGUCGACUGCCCAGAUGUCCAUGAGCUGAUCUUGUCCAAAGAAGAUUUCAAGAGGAAAGAAGAGAACAAAGAAGAUGUUUACACAAGCGUCAUCAAAAACAGGAAGCCCGGCGACCGGUCACACGUGAUUAAAAACGACGAGCGCUUCCUCCGUUCCUUAAUCGCUGAGGAACCGGUGAAGGAAAGCUUCACAGCCGUGGUCAUCACAGGGGUCAGGCCGGAACAUGUAGCCUUUCUGAAACAAGAUUUCAAGGUGUUGACCAGACAGCUAGCUCACACGUAUCACUAUUACAUACAUGGAGUCCAUGGAAAUGACCCAAGCAGCAGCUUCACAAACUCCAAUCAUUCCAAAAUUGACAUUCAGGUCUCCUUACGUGAAAAGCCACCUAAAUUCCCCCGUGUGGUGAAUCUCCGGGAAAUCGAUGACGACAUGCAGACUCUGUACAUAAAAGCGGCUGCAGACACGUUUGAGUUUAGGGCCGCCACCGGUGUCGACAACGGCAGAGUGGAGGGAAUCAUUCGCUAUCAUCCCUUCCUUUACGACAAGGAGACAUACCCACUAGGCCCGGAGGUGGCGGAAGCACUUGAAGAAGAUUGCGAUGGUGAGCCUGGGGUCCGGCAUCAGGCAAGAGGCAAGAGGGCGAUCUUUGAGUGUUUCUGGAAUGGACGCCUCAUACCCUACACCACAGUACAUGAGUUUGACUGGUGUGCGUGUAAAGACAAAGGAGCAAAGGUGCCCGAAGAUUGCUACAGUCGCUUUUCAGGAGUGCUCUUCACUGACGACAAAUUUGAGGUCACGACGAACAAGCUCACCUUUAUGAACCUGGAGCAGAGAGUGAAGGGCAGGGAAACUAUCUUCACCCGGGUUGUUAACGGACAGGAACAAAGAACUAACAUACAGAAGGAGUUCACGGAUUGGCUAAAAAACUGUCACCAGAAUUUGGACAAGCAGGUGAAGUUCCUCGGCUUCAGGAAGAUCGAAACUCGAUCAGAUAUGGGCUUGAAGAAAAUAUGGUCCACGUUCUCUGCCAUCAAAUUGGACGGCAAAAUGUACAAAACAGGCCAACUGGUGAAGUCUCAGAGAACGCAGCCGAUCAUCCGUGGCACUGUGCUCCAGUUUUGGCUGUAUGGAGAGCAUAACAAAGACGUCUUUGCCACAGGAGGACUGGUUGAAGUUCGUCUGGAACCAAUAGCACUUUACAACAGGAACAGGAUCAUACCCAUUUCCAAGAUCGACAGGAACGCCACGGACGAAGGCAUCAAGCAAGGCAUUGAAAAUGACCUCUGCAGGCUUCCACAUGAGCUGAAAGUGAUCUGGCAGGACUCUAACGAAUGGCCACAGAAUUGUGUUUGUCCAGCUGGAACUCCGUUAGGGCCACUCAGAGUCGAGAUCAUGAACAAGAAGGGAGAGGGGAUGUCGAGGAUGCCAGCAACAAGCCAGGGGAUGGUGAUCAAACUGAGCGUCCAGCUAACAGUGGUCAAGAACGGUCCUGAAAAGGCAGAGGUUCUUUGUUUGGUUGCUCAGCACUCUGCGAAGUGGAGUUUCUGGUUCAAAAAAAUUGAGAAAUUAAAUGACCCUGGGAGUUACACGCUGUACCUCAACACCCUGAUAAAUGACACCAGUGCCACAGACUUCGGAGGCCGAGCCCUUCCAAUCUCCAAAAUCAGUUUCACCAUCACGGCGGGGAAAGCCGAGGCGUUUGUUGCGGGGGAGAUGAGCUCCACUCUUCAUGUCGGCUUGCCAUUUGACAUUCCCCUGCAGAUAACAGAUAGUUAUGGCAACUCCACAAAGCCUCUUCCCGGUCUCCUGCCUGAACUCGGAUGCAGGGACCUGGAGGUGACUUAUGCGACAGUGGACUGCAGUGGGAGCAAGUUCAUCAUCAAAGGUGUCAAAGCAAGAGGAAAGGUCCUGAAUAACCAACUAUCCAAGAAAUACGACCUGAGAGUGACCCUGACCGGCCUGAAAAAACCCACCCAGACCAUCAAGAUCAGUCUCCUCCCCGGUAUUCCGCAUACUCUCCAUGUGAAGACAGACGACAAUCCAACCGUGAUAGAGAAUAGAACCGCUGCCAGGUUUAACGUGGAAGUUCACGACGAGGCUGGAAACGUCACCACUCAUCCCAGGCAGAUAGUUCACUGCCAGGUCCAGGUUCCGGGGCUCACGCCGACAACGGUCGACUGCAGCAGAACAGGAGCAGGUCAGCUGGUGACAAAGACCAUAAACCUGAAAAUAGUUGGGGGUGAACCUCAGAAGCUGAAAGUUAAAUUUGAAAUGCCUAGUCGGAGGAAUGUAGAGUCAGUCGUGAGGGAGCUGACUGUGAUACCCAGCACCAGAGUCUCCCAGAUCAUGGUCUGCAGGCUAAAUGAUGAGGGUCGGGCGCUGUGGAUCGAUGAGAAGAUCAGCUGGCUGGCUGGAGGCUCCCUGGAGAACCUGUUCUAUAAGCUGUAUGAUGAGGCGGGCAGAGCUGUGCCCAUCACGAAGGAAAUAGCUUCUAUGAUCAAGGUUAACUGGACGAAACAAGUUGAUGUCAAAGAGUUGUUUCUGGGGAAGCUGCCAGUCGUUCAGGUUCCCACGCAGGUGCAGCAGGAGGAGCGUUUCUACCAGGUCUCUUACCAAGACCAGAGCGUGUCUGUCUCCUUUACCAUCUUACCUCGUCCGGAUGAACCAGCCAAAUUAAAGACGACUCUGCUCAACGACACAGUUAAGCUGGGGGAAACUCUGUCUGGAAUCAUCAACUUGGAGCUUGUGGACAAGUACGACAAUGCAACCAAGACGCUAACGGCCACAUGUGUGAAGGACUUGAAUGUGAAAGCCGAAGGUCUUGACAAAGAAGCUGUCGCCUUUCAGUGGCAGGAGAGCAGCAGGUCUGUGGAUGUGACGGGAAUCUGUUUCCUCCGUGGGACGCCCGGCAUCAAGAGCCUGCUCUUCACGUACCAGACCUACACCACGUAUCAGAUCGUUAAUGUGACGGCUGGAGACCCUGCACUGCUCAAACUAGUCGGUGGACCUUCGCAGCCUCUGCAGGUGAUUAACGAUCACAGGAUCCCCACACCGUUCCUCAUCCAACUCGUCGACGAGUGGGGAAACGUCUCCACUGACAAGAGGGUCGUCGUGGUAAUUAAAUCUUCGCCACCAGGACUGAAGGUGUCGUCAGAUGUUGUUUCACAACCAGUGGAUUCAGAAGGGAAAGCCUCUUUCACUGUUAAUAGUGUGAGCGGCCAAAGGGGGUGCUAUCAGCUGGACUUUGACGGUUCCCUUAACAACAAACACAUCCCUGGUCCAACAGUGAAUCUCACUGUUUUACCUAAUCCCAACAAACCUGUGAGUCUGAUAGUGGAUUACAACUCCGCCGCCAGGUUUCCUGCUGGAGGAACUUUCCCAGUGUUCUCAGUGACUGUGGUGUCCGAUGAAGGAAGCCCGAUGACGACUUUUAACCCAGCUGCUGUGACCAUGAUGCUGUGGGAGGGCGAGGCCUCAGACAGAAGACCUCUACAGCUACCCACUGAGCUGAAGUGUAGUAAACCCAUGGAGAAUGAAAGGAAAGACUGUUUUCACUUUAGGGAUAAAAACAUCCCAGAAACCGCUGGAAAUCACACCGUCCAGUUCUCUCUGCUCAUCGACCAAACAAACUUCCUGCUCAGCAAUCAGAUCACUUUAAACGUGGUGGCCAAUCAGCCCGUCAAACUGGCGCCCGAAUCCCAGCCUCCAGCUCCAGUCGUUUCCUGCUGCAGGGACGUUAAAAACCGAACACUGCUGCAGGAUAUGACUCUGAGGAUCAUGGACUCCUUCGGAAACCCAGCAGGGAAGGACCUGGUCGGCAGACUGGUGGUUUCUAUAACCAACUGUCGCGGGGAUGGAGCCAAACCCACUCCUCUGUUUGAAGGCAGAAUGAACAGAUAUGAGAUUAGCCUGGCGGAGGGACAGGUCCACAUCCCCAGGUUGGCCAUCAUGGAGAACAGCCCGGGCGAGGACGGCAGUGAAUACACCCUCCGCUUCCGGCCGGACGUGCCGCUGGUCCCCACCCCCCUCGCUCCGUUUGAGCUCACCUUCCAUUUUUACGACGAUGCAGUGAACCAACAGAGAGUGUGUGACCUGCUGAAGAAGAAAGAACGUCUCAGUUCUGCCGUUUCUGUUCAUAAACAAUUGUUCAAUGGUUACUCUGAACUCCUUAAUCUGUACACAGCUCAACACCAGACUGCGAGUAUCAAAGUGGCCGACCAGAGAGAAGUUCUGAAGAGGAAGAACGUGACAGUAACAGAAUCUAUUCCUGCUCUUGACCAACUCCUGACAGAGAAGACAACAGCAGCUGAUGAGAUUCGGACUACCGUCAAAAGAGUCUGCUCCCUUUCUGACGACUUCAUGGGGCAGCAGGAUGUUUUGGGAAAGGUCGGUCACUUGGCCUACGUGCAGGACGACGCUGCAGCCAGAGUCAUCUCCUGGCACAUCCGUGGUGAUAUGGACUGUGUCAUCACCGUGACGACAGAAGCAGCUCGGAAGAUCUACGAAGACACUCGGGGCCGGCAGCAGGUCCUGCCCCUUGACAGCGUACUCAUGCAACAAAUGAACAGACCGCUGCCACACAUGAGAAACGGCCUCAGCCUCUUUGAGCCCUCUGGGAACCCGGUGUUUGCCAGGAACCUCCUGAUUUUCCCGCGGGACAAGGAGAGAUGUGCCAUCGUGUUCGCUAACAUCCUGGGUGAUACGAUUCUGAUUGAUGACCUGGAUUCUGCAACCGACUACAGACGGGCUCUGGUGCAGAAAAAGAUCCGGUGUCCCACCAUUCUGACCAGGCUUGGGGACAGGAUCAAUGCCGGGGGCAAGUUCGGAGGCGCACAGAACAAAGUCCCACCGGUUACCUCAUUCAAAGUGUUCGGAGCCCCCCCCCCAGAGCUAUUCUACACUCUUCAAGAACAAAUAGACCUGCUCCGUCAGUACCGGACAGCUUUGGAAAAGAAGGAGAAGGCAGAAAAGGAACGUGACGACCACUCAAACGUGAUGAAGUCUCCUGUCAAUAUAAAAAAGCAACAGGACAAGGAGACGAAAGAGAAGCAGCUGGAGGAGAUUGAGAGACAACUAAGCUCUACAACCAUGGGAAUCAAGAGGCCUAUGAAACGGGGUCUGGAGCCCCUUGACAGCAUCGCAAAAAGGGCUAAAUGAAGACUCCCACAAGAAAUGGAUGAAUCCAACCUGACUUGAUUUUUUUAUCGGAAUUUUAUUGGUACCUUUAUUAUUGAUAUAUUUUUUUACUUGGGGUCAGUGAGUCGCUGUUUUUAAAUGUACUAGUUUGUCUUUGUAUGUUUGUUUGUGUGGACAAAACUUGUUUUACAAAAGCAUAAUGUGUGUCUCAGUGAAAAUCUUUUUAUAUUAAAGAAGUUAUGUAUUUACUAUAA